CAAUCAAUCAAUCGUCAGUACUCCAAGCCUUUCUUCUUCCUCCUCGUCAGAUUCAUCGUCAGUUCAGGCUUCAGCUCGUCAGGCGAGAGAGAGAGAGAGAGAUGCCCAGCUGCUUGCUGUCGUGUGAUUUGGAGCUCGAUUAAUAUUACCAUGAUUCUGCUGCACACAAGGGACGACGAUGCCAAGCAGGAUGAGGUUCGCAUGAUGGCCACCGCUGAAUCGGACGACGACGCCAUCUGGGUACCGCCUGAUGAGGCAGCAGCAGCAGCAGACAGCAUGAUGCAAGAUGAUGAUGAUGAUGAUGAUGAUUACCAUGCCGGAACCGGAGAGGAGGAUGACGAAUCCGAGGACGACGAUGAUGCUACCAGCAGUAUCUGCAGGUGGCGCCAUGACUCUGAUCAUCAGUCCGCCGCCCACAGGGAGGAGCGGCAGAAAGCCAUGCUGAGAGCCAUGAACGGGCAGCUCAGAAUGCUCGCCGCUCGCUUUCUAGAGUCGGCUGGCAUUGAUACCAGCAGCUGGCUUGAUAUCGUCAUCUCCCUGUCCUGGGAAGCUGCCCUUGCCAUCAAGCCUGAUGUUGGCACUGCUGUAGGCAACCAAAUGGACCCUUCCUCAUACAUCAAGGUUAAGUGCCUAGCAUCUGGGACACCCCGCCAAUGUGAGGUCGUCAAGGGCCUAGUCUUCAGGAAGAACGUCGCUCAUAAGCACAUGCCCACCAAGUGUCACAAUCCCAGGCUGCUGCUUCUUAGUGGACUCCUCGGCCAUUCCCAUGUUGGCUUCUCAUCGUUCAGUUCCAUAGAGCAGGAGAAAGACCAUCUGGACAAGUCUGUCUGCGAAAUGAUGGAGAUCUGCCGCCCAGAUGUCGUCUUGGUCGAGAGAACGGUUUCACGCGACAUACAGGAGCUUCUUCUCAAGGAAGGUGUCACUCUAGUGCUUGACAUGAAGCUCAACCGGCUGCAGAGGGUUGCUCGCUGCUCCGGCGCCCCCAUAGUCUCGUUUUCAGAGGUUCUCAGCAAGCCAAAGCUGAAGCAGUGCGACUACUUCCACAUUGAAAAGGUGACGGAGGAGCACAGCCUGAUUACCUGCAGCGCUGGAGUUGGAAGCAGGCCAUCUAAAACAUUAAUGUUCCUGGAAGGCUUUCACAAGCCACUGGGAUGCACGAUAUUGCUAAGGGGAGCAAAUACUCAAGAACUGAAGAAAAUCAAGCAGGUCAUGAACUACACAGUGUUUGCAGCGUACCGCCUCGUUCUUGAGACAUCCUUCUUCGAAGAUCAGAGACUAAUCUUGAACAAUAAGGAUUCUUCCAAAGAAGAAGUUUCUGUCGCUAGGAAGGCCGGACCAUCGUCACUAGGAUCAGUACAGGAAACUACUGAUUCCAAUGCUCUAAAUCCACUCGACAAGGGCUUCCCUAAUCAAGCACUACUCCCUUCUGAAGGACUAGUAGUAUCAGCAGUCCCAGAAUCACCCAGAAGAUUCAUUGAUAUACUCCGUUAUCAUAAUAUUUAUUUGCCGGUCACUUCUUCUCAAGAGGCAACUGAUCAUCAGAUACAAGACAGUAUCCAUAUCAGCCCAAACGUUGGAGUACCAAUUGGUUCUGUUGAGAGUGUGGAUCAUUUAAGCGAUCCCCAGGAACAAGCAUCCUCUGAAACCAAUCAGCAAAUGGCAUUGGACGGCCCUUCGGUUAGUGAAAAACAUGAGCAGUCAUUGGAAAAUAUUAAAACAUCUGAUACAGAUGAGGUGGACGAUGUGUUGGAGUCUCAGAGCAUACUUAUUUUGCUGUCUAGCCAGUGUAUCACAAAGCAGGUUAUCUGCGAGCAGAGCCGUCUAUCCCGUAUAAGAUACUACGGGAAUUUUGAUGUUUCCUUAGGACGCUAUUUGCAAGACAUUUUGCAGAAGCAGAAUCUCAGCUGUUCCUCAUGUGGAGAGCCUCCAGAGGCUCACAUGUAUUCCUACACUCACCGCAAUGGGAAUCUGACUGUUCUUGUGAGGCACUUGCUGCCUAAAUAUCGUUUACCUGGUGAAUCAGAAGGAAAGAUUUGGAUGUGGACUAGAUGCUUAAGGUGUGAACGUGAAAGUGGGAUCUCCAGAUCAUCACGAAGGGUGAUAAUGUCAGCUGAAGCACACUACCUUUCAUUUGGGAAGUUCCUUGAACUCAGUUUUUCAAACCACUCAACCGCUAGAAGGCUGUCAAUAUGCGGGCAUUCACUCAAUACCGAUUGUCUGCGCUUUUUUGGGUUGGGCUCCAAAGUUGCAAUGUUCCAGUAUUCCUCAGUCGAAAUUUACAAUGCCUGCAAACCACAGCCUACUCUUGAGUUUCACAAUCCCGAUAUGCACGAGUGGUACGGGCAAGAGGUUCUUGCCACAGGAGUUACACUUUUCUCGGAAGUCACAAGCGCACUACAGAAGCUCAAGGAUCAGUUUCCUGUUAAAGACCUUUCCCAACUUGAAGAGAUGUUGAUUAAAGAGAAGGCUGAGUUCAUGGAUUCUCUAGCAAAGACUGUUGAUCGAAAUAGGGAAUCAAGCUCUGUGGAUGAUAUCCUUAAUGUAAAUUGGCUCUAUCAGGAUCUUCUACUGGAACUUUAUGUGUGGGACUGCCGGCUGCACCAACUUGUAGAUUGUACACUUGCUGAAAACGCAAUAGUGGCAAAUGGCCAAACUGCAGCAGCCGCUGAAGCAGACGGAAUCGGUGAGCGCAUGAGCAGCAUAGCACCUUUUGAGAAUAGAUGUAUCAAGGAACCAGAGAAGUUCAUUGAAGCAGGGACUGCAUCAGCCUUGCUUGAUGAUGCAUGGAAUGAUAAGCAUUGCAAUGAUCAGCACAACACAAACUGUGAGUGUGACGGGGGGGAAGAAAAAUGGAUUUGGAACCCAGUGAAUGAGUCCAGAUUGGCUUUCAGGCAGGAAGUGGAAGUUGGAUGUUUGGAAAGGUUUGAGGUCGUUAACCACUACUGUCCAAGUCAUUUAUCCCCCUUGCACAAACACAGAGAAUCUGGCGAGGAGAUGGGGGGAUCUCCACAGUUCACAGUAGGUCCAGGUGGCAGUAUCUUGUGUGUAUCAGAGGAUGAGAUAUCCAGUAUAAUAUCACGAGCUCUUGCUGUAUCCGAGGAACGUCGGCACUUACUGAUGGAUGCUGUCGCUGAGACUGAACCAGCAGAUACCACCAGGAGUAAAACAAUGGACAAGUCUUACAGCUCUUUAUCUGAAAGUUCAUCUGCUUCUCUGUGGUCUUCGGAUUCUGAGGCAAGCAUUUCGUCUGACGACCUCUCCAGCUAUGAUACCUCGCUUCUUCUAUCGUCCUCUCUCCAUCCAGAAAUAGCUGUCAACGGGAUAACAGCUCUCAAAGGGAGGUACUCGGUCAUCUGUGUACACUCUAACCAGUUCUACAACCUCCGAAGGAAAUGCUGCCCAUCGGAGCUUGCAUACGUUGCCUCAUUGAGCCGUUGCAAGAGGUGGGAUGCUCAGGGCGGGAAGAGCAAGGCAUUCUUUGCAAGAACAAUGGAUGGCAGGCUCAUCAUAAAGCAAAUAAAGAAGACAGAGUUUGAGUCCUUCAUAAAAUUUGCGCCUGAUUACUUCAGGCAUGUCAACCAUUCUCUGGACACGGGGAGCCAGACUUGCCUUGCCAAAAUCUUAGGGAUCUAUCAGGUGAAGCAGACAAGACAUGGCAAGGAGAUCAAGAUGGAUCUGAUGGUGAUGGAGAACAUCUUGUUUGGACACAAUGUGUCGCGGACAUAUGAUCUGAAAGGCGCCAUCUUUUCACGUUAUGUCUCCGACCCAAAUGACCAUGCUGGCACUGUCUACUUGGACCAGAACUUUGUGGAUGACAUGCGUGUUUCUCCAAUCUAUAUUGGUGGAAGAGCAAAGCAUCUCUUGGAGCGGGCAAUCUGGAACGACACGUCUUUUCUCACGUCCAUCAAUGUCAUGGACUACUCUUUGCUGGUUGGAGUGGACAGGCAGAAGCGUGAGCUGGUAUUCGGCAUCAUCGACUACCUGAGGCAGUAUACAUGGGACAAGCAGCUGGAGACGAUGGUGAAAGCGUCUCUGGUGGUGCCCAAGAAUGAAUCGCCAACGGUGAUUUCCCCAAGGGAUUACAAGAAGAGGUUCAGGAAGUUCAUGAGCAAGCACUUCCUCACAGUUCCCGACGAGUGGAGCACGGAGAGUCGGCCGCCGGUGGCCUGGGAGUCCUGUGCCCACGCCGGCGAGUUGCCGGGAGUGAAGCCCCAGCAUCCAAGCCCAAUCCUCCUGGCGUGCGCUUAAUUCAAUUUCACAUUCUGAUGCUGGCGAAUAGUGUCACAAAUGGAAGGAGGAAACGAUGCUUGUACGAAGUUCCAGUUUACUACCCUCACCACACACGCACGCACGAGUACAUAUAUAAUUCUCUCUUCAACAAGUGAAGAGAAGGCCUAGCACCAUUGCUAAACCUUUUCUUGCUUCUCGUCCACAACAAGGGGAAUCAUCUCCGUCUGAUUCCUUGCUUGC